CAACGCAGCGGCUGGCUAGAGCGCCGCUCGCCUAGCCGGCUUCCUCUCCGGUAGUUCUCCUUCCCAACAUGGCGCAGUCGAUUAACAUCACGGAGCUGAAUCUGCCACAACUAGAAAUGCUCAAGAACCAGCUGGACCAGGAAGUGGAGUUUUUGUCCACGUCCAUUGCUCAGCUCAAGGUGGUACAGACCAAGUAUGUGGAAGCCAAGGACUGUCUGAACGUGCUGAACAAGAACAACGAGGGAAAAGAAUUACUGGUCCCACUGACGAGUUCUAUGUAUGUCCCUGGGAAGCUCCAUGACGUGGAACACGUGCUCGUCGAUGUGGGAACCGGCUACUACGUGGAGAAGACAGCUGACGAUGCCAAGGACUUCUUCAAAAGGAAGAUAGACUUUCUCACCAAGCAGAUGGAGAAAAUCCAGCCAGCUCUGCAGGAGAAGCACGCUAUGAAGCAAGCCGUCAUGGAAAUGAUGAGCCAGAAGAUCCAGCAGCUCACAGCCCUGGGAGCGACGCAGGCUACGGCCAAGGCGUGAGGAUGUGCUGCGGAGAUGAAGCAGUGAAGGGCCCUGUUUCAAGGGGCCUGAGACUUUGUGGGCAGUGGUCUACUGGUGUCUGGGAAGAGUUGUGUUUAAUGUUAAUAAAUGUGCCAGCUGGGCAAA